CAACUUCUUAGCUAACGAUGAAAGCCGAAAAGCUGUAAUACUAUAUGAAUAAACUUUCGGUAUCGCUGUACAGUAUAGAAGUAAAGUUGCUAAGUAGUGUAUUAUACCACCCGGUAAGUCGGUAACUCCGACAGUCGGUGUGAAUUCGAAGGUUUGCUUCUAAAUAUCUCACAAUGGAGCGUUGGAUUGGGCGUGUUGCUCUGGUCACUGGAGCAAGUUCGGGCAUUGGAGCUACCAUCUGCCGACAGCUGGUUGGUGCAGGCAUGAAAGUAAUAGGAGCAGCACGUAAUGCUGACAGGAUUCAGGCUCUUUCAAAUGAACUGUCAGGAAUGCCAGGAAGCCUGACAGCCAUGAAGUGUGACUUGACCAAAGAUUUGGAAGUUCUAAAUCUCUUCACGGGCAUUAAGCAGCAGUUUGGUGGUGUUGACGUCUGUAUCAAUAAUGCUGGGAUGUCUCACAAUCACAGUCUUCUUGAUGGUACACCCGAAGAGUGGAGGGAAAUGUUGGAUUUGAAUGUAGUGGCUCUUUGUCUUUGCACUAAAGAAGCUGUAGCAUCCAUGAAGGAACGUAAGGUGGAUGAUGGCCAUAUCAUUCAUAUUAGCAGUAUCCUGGGACAUGUGGUCACUGGAAGUGCACCCAUACACUUCUAUACUGCCACAAAAUAUGCAGUUACAGCCCUUUUAGAAGGCUUGCGGCAGGAACUCCGAGCUGAAAAGUCACACAUACGUGUUUCGGCUGUUAGUCCUGGCCUAACUGAGACUGAAUUUUCUCCUCGGAUGAGAAAUAUAGAUGGAAAACAAGCAUAUGGUGCCUUCAAGUGUUUGCAAGCAGAAGAUGUUGCUUCUUCUGUAUUGCAUGUCCUGUCAGCUCCUCCACAUGUACAGAUUCAUGAUGUUUUGAUGUGGCCGACACAACAACCAGCAUAAAAUUAUAUUAGCAUUAUCAACAAGUGUAAAAUUUCAAAUUAUGGUGUAAAAUUAUUGAUUGUUAAAGUUACCAUUAUUGAUUGUUAAAGAGUUAUCAUUACCAAUAGUGUAAAUUUUUCAUAAUAAAUUGAGUUAUAAAAAUGAAAA